AUGCCGCGGGUUCGAGGCCGGGGGGAAUCCCCACCUCGUGUGUGCCUUUCUGCACCCGGGGAAUUCAUCUCGCUUUUCCCUGGCUGCGGCGGACGGAACGACGGGAUCGAAGCCCGGAGCGGAGUCGUUUCCCCGUCGGAAAGAGGAAUAAACAUGGACCAAGUCGCGGAGGAAGACGUCGACCCAUCGCUGAGCCCACCCCUCAGCCAAGGGACCUUUGAGGAGAUUUGGACAUCCCAAUUCGUCGAUCCGUUUUGGGAAUCGAAGAUGAUGGCCCCCACCCAACAAGACAUCACCUCCUUCCCCGCGGAAGGGAACAGCUCCAUGGAUCAAACCAACUUUGGCUUGUUGGCGCCGACGGCCGGUUCUCCGUUAGCCACUGUGGCCGAAGGCUAUACAGUGGGAGAAGACCUCACCAUCAUCCAGGAUUUGGCCUUUUCGGGGGACCUGCUCCAUCCCCCCAAAGAUUACGGGACUGGGGAGAGCUGCGUCUUCCCCCCCACCGAAGACUAUCCUGGCCACUUCGACUUCAAUCUGGAGUUUGAACAGUCGGGCACCGCCAAGUCGGUCACUUACACCUUCUCGCCGCUGCUGAACAAGCUUUUUUGCCAAAUGGGCAAAACUUGCAAAGUGCUGGUGAAGAUGUCCGGGGCUCCCCCUCUCGGCUCGGUGGUCCGGGCCAUGGCCGUAUACAAGAGAUCCGAACACAUGGCCGAAGUGGUCAGGCGCUGCCCCCACCACGAACGAAACCAAGACCACAACGAUGGGGUGACCCCCGCCGAUCAUCUCAUCCGGGUCGAAGGAAACCCCCAGACUCAUUACUACAGAGACCCAGCCACCAACCGGCACAGCGUCUUGGUUCCUUACCAGAAACCUCAGGUGGGGAUGGCGUGUACCAUCAUCCUGUACAAUUACAUGUGCAACAGUUCGUGUAUGGGUGGCAUGAAUCGGCGCCCGAUCCAGACCAUCCUGACUUUGGAGACGGCACAGGGGGAGGUUCUGGGACGCCGAUGUUUUGAGGUUCGGGUCUGCGCCUGCCCCGGACGAGACCGACGAUCAGAGGAGUUCACCUUCCAGCAGAAAGCAAAAUCCUCGGAAACUACAAAAAAGGCACCUUCGCAAGGCCAGCGUCCUGGCGCCCCCAGCAGGAGACCGGCGCAAAUCCCGCCCGAGGACGACGAAGCCGAAUGUGAAUCGGGAUGCGGAUCCGAGCCCGAAGUUUAUAAGCUCGUUACUCGCAACCGCAGACAUUAUAACAUCCUAAAGGAAAUUUUAGAAGGGUUGGAAUGCAAAGAAGCUCAGCAGAGGGAGAACACGGAGGGCUGCAAGUCCGGGAAAAGCAUCCUGAAGAGCCGGAAACGAGGAGCCAAGUUGCCUUCCCCCCAUCAGAAGAAAGUUCGGGUGAAGGACGAGACCCUGGACUCCAAUUAGCGGGGUGUCCCGUACCCCACCCCACCCCAAUUUUUUUCGCCUUGUUUAUUAUGCUUUCUUCUUCCUUCUCCCGCCAUCUUUCCUUCUCUGUUUUGACUUCCAAGGUUGCUCCGUUUCCCAAACCUGGGUUUUUGGGGUCCCCAUCACCCACCCCCCAAAAAAUGGCUGCCACCUGUUCCCCAAUCUUAGCUGGGGAUCCCCACCUGGCUCCAAGCCUUCCUCUCCUUUCUCCAGCCUUUUUUUUGGGGGGGGGCACCUGCCCUUUCUCCAGCAUGGGCAUGGAAGAGGGGGGGAUCCUUCUCUUCCAUGGGGGGAUCCUCAUAUUGCAGCCCCCCACCCCUUUAAAAGGGAUGGCCAGUUUGCCUCAUUUCUCCAUUCCCCUCCAAAUUGUUUUUUUUAAAAAUCCCUCCCCUUGCAACAUGGGAAUCAAAACGGCCCCCUCCUACGGAUUUCCUAUCCCCCCAAAUGGGGUGGGGGUGUCAUUUCCUAAAAGUGCAAUUUUGGGGAGAGGGGUGGUCACGGCUGGUUCCUCACCCCUCUCCCUAAACUGUUCGUCCCUCUUCCUUUCCCCACCAGCAAAGGGUUUGGCUAAAUUUGUUUUUUUUUUUUUUUGCAAGCUUGGCCAGGAUUCGAAUGUAGGACUUUUUCAACUCCCAGAAUUCCACAGAAGGGGAAUUCUGGGAGUUGGAAGUCCACAAUUUGCCGGCAGGGGGAAUUCUGGGAGUUGUAGUCCUGGGCCUUGCCAAGCUUUUGCAAAAAAAAACACCAGCGAACCUGCUGGUCCCGUAAUUUUUAACAAAUCUAUUACAUUGUGCAUUAAUACAGUAUUAAUUUCUUUGUAGAUUAGGAUUCCUAUUUCCAUGUUUUUGUUUUUUAAAAAAUGACUUUUUUUAUUUGCAUCUCUUCCUUAGCACAUUCCUUUUUUUAUAUAUAUACUGGAUUCUUCCCCUUGUUUGCUCACCCAGCUUUUUGUAAGGAAUAAAAUAGUUUUUUUUUUUCCUUAAAA